CAUUACAGAGGUUUGGGUUGUCAAGCAUGGAGACCGAAGAGAGUGUUUCUGUCGUGGGGAGAGCCGAGAUUGACACCAGCAAACCGUUUCAGUCCGUGAAGGAGGCUGUCAUGCUCUUUGGAGAAAGGGUCUUAGCCGGCGAGGUCUACGCAAACCGGCUUAAUGAGAUUCGAGCUGCAGCAAGCAGGAAAAUGCAUGGAGCCUCACAACUAGGAUCUAUAAUGGCAGAGCUUGAAGAAUCAAAGCAAAACCUCGAGCAGGCACGCGAAGAAAGCAUAAAGAUGGCGAACUGCCUCGCCUACCUUAGAGAAGAACUUGAGCAGACUAAGAUGGAGCUCAAGCAAUUGAAAGCUAGAGAAUCUGAGAAAAAAGUCAUGGAUUUGGAGACUGAGGACCUAAAGUUUGUUGAGAAUGCAACAGAGAUGGAAAUUGAGGAACCAAGGAUGAACGAAGGAUUAGAGUUCCAAAAGAAGAGGUAUGUUACGUUCGCCAACCCUCCAUCCCUGGCCCAAGUCAUAAACACAGAGGACCAAGUGUUGGAAAGGCUAGUUUCUGUGGAGAAGGAAACGGUGCCAAUGAAGAAGAAAAAGAACCCAUUGAUCCCAUUGAUAAGAGCAAUUUUCACUAAGAAGAAGAGUUAUGAAAAGGGCUCAUCACCUAAAGCUCGAAGUCCAUAAGAAAAUGUUGAAGGGGUUUUCAUAUAUAUAUAUAUAUAUCCAUAUCUGUGCCUAAAUAAUCAGACGAUAGCUUCUAUUUUUUUUUUUUUGGGAAAAUUCUGUCAUAUAUUUCCAGGAUCACCAGAUAUUUUUAUUUGUAUACUCUUUGGAUGAUAAGAGAGAGCAUUUCUUGCAAUAAUAUCACAGUUGGGUCUUAUCAUGUUAUUGACUACAAUAAAUCGAUACGAAAUAAGCAAGGAUCUGUUCAUCAUUCAAUUUCUUCUCAAUCAUCAAUUUCAAACAGAAAAGUGAAAGCAUUAGAAA